AUGGUCUAUAACUUGUUGCUGGAAUUUGUGUCUGGAGGAACUCUUGGUGAUCUGAUUGAGAAAUCCAACGGUCAUGGAUUGCCUGAAGCUGAAGUUAAAAGGUAUACGAGGUCGAUACUUGAAGGGAUUAAGCAUAUUCACAAGUUUGAUUAUGUUCACUGUGAUUUGAAGCCGGAAAACAUUCUGUUUGUACCAAAUCCUGCAACUAGUACUGGUAGUUUUGUGGUCAAGAUUUCAGAUUUUGGAUUGGCUAAGAAAACCAAGGAGAAUUACGGUCAAUGGAGAGGCACUCCUACGUAUCUGUCCUCAGAAGCCUUGAAUGAUAGUGAGCAGGAGCCGCCCUCUGAUAUAUGGUCUCUUGGUUGUAUCGUACUUGAGAUGCCAACCGGCAAGUCCUUCUCAGAUUUAAAGCCUGGUUGUGAACUCGAAGUUUUCCACUAUAUGUUUGAUCACGUAUGUACUCCCAAAAUCCCUGCUGAAAUCUCAGGUGUGGCCAGGGAUUUUCUUAAAAGUUGCCUUGCCACGAGGUCUUGCGAAAGGCUGACCGCUGAAAAGCUCUUCCUUCAUCCAUUCGUUGUACGGCCAAAGCCAUCGAAAGCAGCUCGUCAUACAAAGGGGAAGGUGGUUUGA